CCAAAAAAAUGUUUUAACGUGCCAAACCGGCUAGCUACCGGGAAAAAACGUAAAAAAACCCGUAAACGUGUAGUAUAUUUCGAAAAGCCCGUAAAAGGCAUGCUUAGCGCAAUACGCCAAAGCAAUUACCGCAUUUUAAACGUACGUUAUAGUAAAAAACAUUAUUGCUUGCCCGAAAAAAAAAUAAAAAAACCUCCGGAUAGCAUAGCAAACGGGCUUAAGCGUUUAAAUAACGGCAAAUGCAUAUCGGCGGUAUUUAAACCCAUUAAAAAAGCGAAAAAAAAGCAUUUUAAAAUUAUUUAUUAA